GGAGCUCCAGCAGCCGAACUCCUCACGGAUAGCUUCACAUGUUCACUAGACUAGACUCAACCCCCCUGCUCGCCAACGCAGGACCGCGCCAUGCAUCAACCAUCCUACCCCGAAUCCUUCAAUGAUGCCACCAUCAAACAGUGGAUCCAGGACUACUACACCGCCGUCGACGUCGACGGGGCCGUCGAGACCAUCGCCGACUUUUUCACCCCGGAUGCGGUCGUGCAGAUGGGGGAGCAUGGUGUAUCGGACCGACCAGGCUUGAUCCAACUGUUCACAUCCACCUGGGAUUACGUCGCUAGUCGCAGCCACCACGUCGUUUCGAUCGAUCCGCUGGGCAACAACACCUUUCUGGCGCGAGGCGCCGUCACUUACAACCUCAAGGACGGGCGCAGUGUCACGCCGGAGUGGUGCGGCAUCAUGAAGCUGGUCCAACAGGCGGGCGAGUGGAAGAUGUCAUAUUACAAGGUGUAUUUUGCGGCGUUUCCGGCGUUCUGAGAGGAGAGCCUAGAGCCUAUACAUGCCUACCAUCUUAUCAUUUAAUUCAUCCCUUGCGGGAGGUGGAUUGCGAGUGCGCAUUGCGGAAUGUUGACUACCCCGCAUGAGUCAACCGAAUAACUACCGGUCGGAACCAGUUCUUCUGUAGUCCUGGCACAUGAAUUAUACACGAAUUUCCAUAUCAGGUGAACUACCAGCAAAUAAUGAAAUCUACCUUA